UUGUCAUGCUUCAUUCUCUACCUUCCAAUCCUUCUUCUUGACGCUCAGUUUUGCUGCUUGUACCGCGAUAGAUCUCUUUCUUCUUCUUUCUCUCCCAAGUCUCUUCCAUUCACAAUGCGUUACUCAACCCACGUCGUGACCGCUCUGGCCUUCGCUGCCGGCACUGCCCACGCAGCCCAGUCCGCUAGUGACGACGGCCAAGUGACAACAGUGGCCGCCCAAAGUACCGUCGAAGCCACCGCCGUCGUCACCGCGGAGCCCAGCAGUGCUGCAACUGAAUCUGCUGUCCAGCACCCCCCUCCCAUUGCCGCAUCCAGUGCUCCAGCUUCUGCCUCCUCCGAGACAAGCGUCCCAGUCAUCAAGUCCAGCGCUACCGAGUCUCAUCCCGCUGCCACUGAAUCCAGCGCUCCAGUAGCCACCAACACCGAGUCCGCCGCUGUUGGAUCCAGCGCCCCGGCUACCCAGGCAAUUAGCACCGCUGCUCAAACGAGCGUCCCGCUCAUCAAGACCUCCGCAGGGGAGACACAGGCCGCUCAAACGAGCGCUCCAGCUGCUGCCAGCGUCCAACCAGCACCGAUCGAAUCGAACCCCGCCGUGACCAGUGCUCCUCCUGCCAGCAUUCCCCCGGCCGCCAGUGGCAACGCCAGCACCACUUCAUCGCAGCGGUUCUCCAACUCGACUACCUCUUCAGGGUCCUUUUCUACCGGCACCUCUGGAGGCGGUGGCGGCGGCGGCGGCGCUGCUACUGUUCCUGCUGCACCCACCUCCACGGGAUUCAUCUCGUCCAGCUCCGGUGCCAAGAUGGUUCUCCCCGGCCUUGCUCUUGUCGGAAGCAUCGCCAUGGGCUUGCUUGUCUUGGCUUAAUUGACAUUGCUGCUGUCUUCUCUUCUGAUUCUUCUUUCGAUAUCAUGCAUCACUAGACUGCGUGAUGGCAAGACGACUGCCCCCGAAAAUCAAUAUAGAAAAUGCAA